AUGGCAACUCAGCUUGUCCAACUCCCAGAAGUGGAGCGCCUCAGCGCGUCAGUCGUGAGAAUUUUAGGUGGAAAUCCGGGGAAGUUCACACUCCAAGGCCACGGCCACCAGCGAAUCUUAAUAGACACAGGCGAAGGCAAGCCCGCAUGGGCAGCAAACCUUCAAUCUGUGCUCUCAGCAGAAAAAGCAACAGUGCACCAGGCUCUCCUGACACACUGGCACCCCGACCAUGUUGGCGGAUUGCCAGAUCUGCUCAAACUCUGUCCCGAGGCUCAGAUCUUCAAACACCAGCCUGAUUCCAAUCAGGCAGAUAUCCAGGAGGGUCAGGUAUUCUCCGUUGAAGGUGCUACCUUGACAGCAGUGCAUACACCUGGACAUACCGUUGAUCAUAUGGUGUUUAUGCUCGAAGAGGAGAAUGCUAUGUUUACAGGUGAUAACGUCCUAGGUCACGGCACAGCUGUCUUUGAAACCCUUAAACCCUACCUCAGCAGUCUCCGCCGUAUGCGCGACCGUGUUUCCUCGGGCCGUGGGUACCCCGGACACGGAGCGGUGAUUGAGAACGCCGGCGUGCGAAUUACUGAGUAUAUCACGCACCGACAUCAGCGGGAAGAUGAGGUCCUGCGCGUGCUGCAUUUUGGCAAGCUUGAUGUCGCGGCUGGUGAGUCCUGGCCGGAGCGCAAGCAGGCCUGGACUCCUAUUGAGUUGGUCAAGCGCAUUUACAGUGAUGUUCCGGAGUCUCUGCAUAAACCUGCUUCGCAUGGUGUGUUGCAGGUGCUGUUGAAGCUUGAGGAUGAGGGGAGGACGGUUGUUGAUUUGGACUCGGGGAAAUGGAGUCUUGCGAGCGAGAGGUCGGCUUUGUGA